AUGGCCCUGGAGCAGGCGCUGCAGGCGGCGCGGCAGGGCGACCUGGACGUGCUGCGGUCCCUGCACGCCGCCCGCCUGCUGGAGCCCUCGCUGCGCGACCCCCUGGACGCGCUGCCGGUGCACCACGCGGCCCGCGCCGGCAAACUGCACUGCCUGCGUUUCCUGGUGGAGGAGGCGGCCCUGCCGGCCGCGGCCCGCGCGCGCAACGGCGCCACGCCGGCCCACGACGCCGCCGCCACCGGCCACCUCGCCUGCCUGCAGUGGCUGCUCUCGCAGGGCGGCUGCGGAGUGCAGGACAAAGACAAUUCCGGUGCCACAGUCCUGCAUCUGGCUGCCCGCUUCGGCCACCCUGAAGUGGUGAACUGGCUGCUGCGUAACGGCGGUGGGGACCCCACCGCGGCCACAGACACAGGCGCCCUGCCUGUUCACUAUGCUGCCGCCAAAGGAGACUUCCCCUCCCUGAGGCUGCUCCUCAGGCACCAUCCUGAGGGAGUGAAUGCCCAAACCAAGAACGGUGCCACGCCCCUGUACCUGGCGUGCCAGGAGGGCCACUUGGAGGUGACACAGUACCUGGUGCAGGAGUGCGGCGCGGACCCGCACCUGAGCGCCCACGAUGGCAUGACCCCGCUGCAUGCCGCGGCGCAGAUGGGCCACAGCCCGGUCAUCGUGUGGCUGGUGAGCUGCACCGACGUGAGCCUGUCGGAGCAGGACAAGGACGGCGCCACGGCCAUGCACUUCGCGGCGAGCCGCGGCCACGCCAAAGUGCUCAGCUGGCUCCUGCUGCACGGCGGCGAGAUCUCGGCCGACCUGUGGGGCGGGACCCCACUGCACGACGCCGCCGAGAACGGGGAGCUGGAGUGCUGCCAGAUCCUGGUGGUGAACGGCGCGGAGCUGGAUGUCCGCGACCGCGACGGGUAUACGGCCGCCGACCUCUCAGACUACAAUGGCCACAGCCACUGCACCCGCUACCUGCGCACCGUGGAAAACCUGAGCGUGGAGCACCGCGUGCUGUCCCGGGAUCCAUCCGCCGACCUGGAGACCAAGCAGCCUGACUCAGGCAUGUCCUCGCCCAAUACCACCGUGUCGGUCCAGCCACCCAACUUUGACCUCAGCUCACCCACCAGCACCCUCUCCAACUACGACUCCUGCUCCUCCAGCCACUCCAGCAUCAAGGGCCGACGCCCCCUGCAUGGGCUUUCCAGUGUAGGAGCUGCCGAUAUACAGAGUUACAUGGACAUGCUGAGCCCUGAGCCCGGCCUGCCCCGGGGCAAGGUGGAGAGACCCAGAGCACCUCCGCCACCCCCCAGCUUCCCUCCACCGCCGCCACCCCCGGACACCCAGCUGCCCCCACCCCCGCCAGGCUACCCAGCUCCCAAGCCCCCUGUGGGGCUCCAAGCAGCUGACAUCUACCUGCAGACUAAGAACAAACUCCGCCACGUGGAGACCGAGGCCUUCAAGAAGGAGCUGAGCUCCCGCGACGGCCGCAACGGGCUGCGGAGGCAGGACUCCAGCCGCAAGCCCCGCGCCUUCAGCAAGCAGCCCAGCACGGGGGACUACUACCGCCAGCUGGGCCGCCCCCCCGGGGAGCCGCUGGCCGCACGCCCGGGCAUGGCGCACAGCGAGGAGGCGGCGCUGCUCCCCGGGAACCACGUGCACAACGGCUGCGGCGCGGACCCCAAGGCGUCCAGGGAGCUGCCCCCGCCGCCCCCGCCGCCGCCCCCGCCCCUGCCCGAGGCCCUGAGCUCGCCGCCGCCGGCUCCGCCACUGCCCUUUGAGGGCGCUGGCCCUGGCUGCGGGCAGCGCCGCUCCUCCUCGUCCACUGGCAGCACCAAGUCUUUCAACAUGAUGUCCCCGACGGGCGACAACUCGGAGCUACUGGCUGAGAUCAAGGCAGGCAAGAGUCUGAAGCCGACACCACAGAGUAAGGGGCUGACCACAGUGUUCUGGGGCAGCGGGCAGCCAGCCUCCCAGCCCGACUCGCCACUGCCGCCAGUGUCGCCUGCGCCGUCACGGGCCCGGAGCCCCACUCCUCCUCCGGCCACAGGGUCCCAGCCACUGCUCAAUGGCAGUGUGGCGCCGGCACCGCCCGCCACCCCUGCACCAGGUGUGCAGCUAGACGUGGAGGCGCUCAUCCCCACGCAUGACGAGCAGGGCCGACCCAUCCCUGAGUGGAAGCGCCAGGUGAUGGUCCGCAAGCUGCAGCUGAAGAUGCAGGAGGAGGAGGAGCAGAAACGGAAGGAGGAGGAGGAGGAGGCCUGGCUGGCCAGCAUGCCUGCCUGGAGGCGGGACAUCCUGCGGAAGAAACUAGAAGAGGAGAGGGAGCAGAAGCGGAAAGAGGAGGAGCGACAGAAGCAGGAGGAGAUGCAGCGGGAGAAAGAGCAGUCGGAGAAGCUGCGGACACUCGGCUACGAUGAGAGCAAGCUGGCGCCCUGGCAGCGACAGAUCAUUCUGAAGAAGGGGGACAUCGCUAAGUACUAGUUGCCGCCCUCCUGCCUGCAGCCUUGCGAGCUUGGGGGGCCCCAGCCCCCGCCCCGGCCUGCCCCGCUCGGGCGGAAGGGCUGGGAGCCGCACCGCCCUCCCUCCCGCACCGGAUCCCCUCUGUGACCGCUACCCUGGCCCCCGCACCCUUAGCCCGCGGGCGACGCAGGAGUGCGCCCGCCGCCGCCGCCGCCGCCGCCGCCGCCGGCGCAGUCGCCCAGAAAAAGUGCCCAAGCUGUUAACGCAAAAAGAUGCUGCUUAUUUGCAUGCCUAUUUACAUACAUUUGCAUGUUCGUUGAAUGUCAAAGUGUGCAGAGCUCUCCCCAGCCCCGUAGGUGAUGAUCUCUUUUCCUGCGGGGGGCGCGCCCGGCUGCCGCCCCCUCCCCCGCACCCCGGAACCCGCGUUGCUGGCGCAUCCUGGGCGGAGGCAGGCCCCGCGCUCGGGGAAGGGGCUUUCCUCCCAUUCUGACCCACAUCUGCGCCCGGCCCAGCCCCGGCAGCAUUUCCCAUCCCGGCCGAGGGUUUCCUCUCAGUCAUUUGUUUACCAGAAACGGUGGAAACUGCAAACUACCCGUUGGGACGGAGUUGCCGCUCCUGGCGCCCCACCUCUGCCGCCACCUCCCUUAGGUCUGCGCGCCGUCCCCAGCCAGGCCCCGCACUCCCCGGCCCGUUUCACUGCCCCGGUGGAAUGAGUGGAGGACGAAAGACCCUGGACCUGUGUCUCCAACUGCUGCCUCCCAGGUCCCCGCGCCCCCGCCGUCUCGCACCCCCAUUAAAGCUCUCAGCCGCCCGGGGCUCAGGUUCACUCUCA